AUGGGAGUGUCGGCGGGAAUCGCGGCGCAAGGCAUGCCGUUCGACCUGCGGCUGGCCGUGCUGCUGGGCGGAUUCGCGUUUGAGGCGUACUCGACUCCCACUGGAAGCGAUAAACUAUCGGAUGAGGACGGGCGGCAGUGCUCGGCUCUCUUCACCUCCACGCCCUUCGCCCACGAGCUCUUUCAGGGGCAGCUCUCCAUGCGCGCGAUUACAGCCACAGGGAACAUCAAGGCUCUUCAUGCUGAGCUGGCGUUGGUGACGUCAGCAGGGAAGGCAGCCACGUGGAAUGGUGUCGCUCACACCACCGUGAAGGCCCAAGACCAAAAGAAACCAUCGUGGCCCGAGCAACUGCAGCUGCUGGUGCUGCGUGCUGCUGCAUCCGACACCUUCCUGCAGGUGGUGCUCUGUUGGACCCAGGAGGUGGUGCUCUGUUGGUCCCUGGUGGUGGCUGGUAGGGAAUACCUGAAACCCUCCUGUCUCCCGCUCUGUCUCCUCUCCUCACCGCCCUGCCAACAGAUCACCUUUCACAGCAAGGAUGACGAUAAAGAUUCCGACGAGGAUGAUUGUGUGGUUGGCACGGCCACCAUUGCUCUCACCGACCUGAUCAAAGGUGGGGGUGAGGGAGGGUGUGUGGGCGUGUGGAGGGAUAAGGACCCGAGGAGGAAGAGGCUGGUGGUGUCGUCCCGAGGCACUGAGGUGGUCAACGCGGCCAUGCUCAAGGAUGGACAGGCAGGUCAGAAGAUCAAGGACGCUCUGACGGACCUGAGGCUGCACAAGGAGAAGUGA